CCGGACGGCGGUUUCACUGCAUGGAUGACUGUCAGUGGCGCGUGGCUUGUCAUGUUCUCAACGUUUGGGUAUAUCUACGCUUUUGGAGUAUACCAAGAUUUCUACACCCGCAUAUACCUGAACGAUAGUUCUGCAAGUCGAAUUGCAUGGAUCGGUAGUUUCCAGCUCAUGAUGCCCUUCCUGCUGGGUAUCGUCACCGGCAAAUUGUUUGACGAAGGCUACUUCCAUAUCCUCACUGGCCUUGGAUCCCUAUUGUUCACUUUCUCUCUCUUCAUGUUGUCGCUGGCAAAGCCAAACCAUUAUUAUCAAGUCUUCCUGAGCCAAGGUUUGGGAAUGGGCCUAGGCCUAGGCCUGCUUUUCAUCCCUACCCUGAGCAUUCCGGUGCAUCAUUUCAAGCGUCGCAGAGUCUUUGCUACCGGCGUGAUCCUCAGCGGUAAUUCUGCUGGUGCAUUGGUCUUCCCCAUUAUGCUCAACCAUCUCAUACCGACCAUAGGAUUCGGGGGCGCCGUCCGUGCAAGCGCGUACCUGGUUCUGGGCUUCGUCUUUAUCGGAAACCUGUGCAUGCGUACUCGUCGUAUCUCAUCCUCUUCAGCGUCGGCCCACGAGAAACCCGACAUAGGAUCGUUCUUCAGAGAUGGACCAUACCUCCUGUGCAUGGUCGGGGCCUUUUUCAUCAGCUUCGGGCUGUACUUCCCUGUGAUCUACAUCCAGCUCUACUCGGUGUUACACAACAUCGACGCGAACCUGGCCUUCUACUCCCUCGCUAUCAUGAACGGCAGCGGCGGCGUCGGUCGCCUCAUCGGCAACUACGUCGCCGACAGCCGCGGGUCGUUCAACCUCUUCGUUCCGUGCGCGUUCAUAGUAGGGGGCACGAUCUGGGCAGUCCUCGGCAUAAACACGGCGGCGUCCCUCGUCGCGGUCAGCGUCCUGUACGGGGUCUUCUCCGGAGCGUACCUCAGUCUCAGCAUCGCCGCCCUGGCAUCGUUGGCCAAGACUCCUAAAGAAGCCGGCGCACGGACCGGAAUCGCGCUCGCCUUGAGCAGCCUCGGGACGCUGGGCGCGGCCCCCAUCCAGGGCGCACUGCUCACCGGGUCUUUCCACUGGAUCCGCCCCAUCGCCUUCUCUGCGAGCCUUGUCUUCGUGGCGUCUUUCCUGUUCCUGUGGGCGCGCAUGAUGGUGGCGACAAGGAGGAACACUCAGAUCGUGUGAAGUAUUUGACGUUG